UCGAGUAUCGUUGAGCGUCGUCGAACUUUCACACAGUUUACGUAUUGAUAUAAUUUUUUUUAUUGAUGCUGUCACUACAAGUAUUUAGCUACUACAAGUGCUACAAGUACUACAAAGAUUCUCCCCGUAAGGAGGUGAAGCGACCCGAGGAGAAAACUAUGAAGUGGCAUUCGAUCCAUACGUAACCAAUUGAGUUAAAGCGCCGAUUCGCUAAGCGUGACACUCCGCAGGAGGAAUUAUUUUAUCUUAUUUCCGGAGAGGGAUUCACGUCGCCGCUCACGGCAGGAAUCUCGCGAGGAAUAGUAUACUUCGAGAGGCAGCGAUCCAUCAAGAGUUAUUAAUGACGACCGAAGGGAGCGUCCAGCAGCGUCCUUGUUAAUUAGGAAAGUUCGAACCGUAGUAUUGUGUGUGCAUUAAGGGGAGCGGAACGAACAAAGAUGGAUCUGCUUUACACCGUUAACAGAAGGAGUUCCUCCAAAUUCUUCUCCAAUCAAGAAUGCCUGUACAACGGACAAUCGUUGUGUUCCUUAUCCAGUCGGAAUAUAGUGGCGUUUACCACGAUGACGGAGUUGGACGACAGCAGCGGCAAGACACGGGGCUGCCACGUUUACGUGGCGGACUUGAAUAUGCCGUGGCACGCUCAUAAAGUGUUCUCGAAUAAGCACAGUAUCACCGCACUAGAGUGGGAUCUGCCCGGCGACAAGUUGGUGAUGGCAGAUACAGUCGGGAAUGUGCAGCUGUGGAUGUUCAAGGACCACAUUUUGAACGAUUGGGUACUAAUAGGCUCCACGUACUUCCCUGGCGAGCACAUAUUAGGCGUGGCGUGGUUCCACAAUGGCAAAAAGACGGGGCUGGUGACGGAGAAGAAGGACAGCAUCCAUUACAGCGAGAAGUUUAACCACCUGCUGUUCGCACCUUCCGUCAGGCAGUUCGGCGGCAGGGCGGCCGAAGGCGUGCUGGUGGUGUCGACGACCGGUAUGGUCGGCGCGAUCAUGAUCAACAAGGACCUGCAAAAUCCGAUUUGCUACUCGACGGAGAGCCUCGGCAACACGCGGCACAGGAUAACCGCGGUGGACCUGUGCUACGGAAAAAACGGCCACUUUCUCGUCGCGGUCAGCAGCGGUAGCAUCUGCCUGCCGAUAAGGUGCUUCAGAGUGCUGGUGCGCAAGAACGACGACAAGUGCACCAUCACCUCGCAAGCCUUGCCGAGCUUCUUUCUGCAGGACGGCGCGCCCAAAGAUAAUUCAUGUACAGUCGUGACGCACUUAAAGUUUGUGGUCAGAGAGGAUGCCGAUUCUCUGGUCAUCGCGGCGAACAGCGAGAGCGGCGGAUUCGUCGAGGUGUGGGAGCUGCGGGAGAAGUCGCAACCGGUUCACAAGUUGUUUCAGCCAAAGACUCUAGAGCCUUUCAAGACGGUUGUUUGGCAGUAUCAAUCGCAGUAUCGCUGCCAGUCACCGGUCACGGCGAUUGCGACCACAAAGCUGUCCAUAGUAACAACUUUACCGCCUCCGAGUUACGUAAUAAUAGCGUUAGCGGACUCGUCGGUGCACUGCUUGAAUCGUCUCGACUGCCUGAAGGAAGUGGCGUUCUCGUCCUUGAACACAAGCUGGCGCCCGGACGAGCCUAGCAACAAAUACUUCAAGAGCUCCGUGUCUAUCGCCCACAUGGAUCUCUCGUGGCUGGGAUGCGUACUUCUCGCGUGCGACACUCAUGGCAAUCUGUAUCUCUAUAAAUUGUUACCGGACGGCACCACAGGUACAUCGAUGUCGUUGAACUACGCCUGUACUUUACUGGAGUAUUGUUUGGUGACGGGAUUGGAUUGGUUGGACAUACUUUUGUGCCUGAGGUCAUCCGUGAUCGAAGCACUGUGCGAGCGAUUAGAUGCCUCCUUCAACAGGCAACUGCAAUCUACGCAGCAAUACCAUUACAUCCAGUUUUUGUGCAUCAAGACGUCGUUGUAUAGGAUGCUCAUGACCGGGCAAAACAAGGCUGCUGAUCUGUCGUCGUUGCUGAUGAUACACUCGGUAGCUACCGCCUUCAAGUCUUUAGUGAGGCCAUCGGAUCUAUCCCACGACAAAGGCCCGACGGAGGCCCUAGCCGCGGUGAUAACUGACAUCACUACUGACGUUGAUAAGAUAUUGCUGCAUAUCGAACCGAAAGAGUUUACGGUAGAGCCGAGCACACUCCAGUCGCUACAGCAGCUUAUUCAGUGGGUCGCCGACUUGGCUUUGAACUUGCUGGCCAGAUUACCCGAGCAGAGGAUGCAGGUGAAGACUGGCGGGUAUGAGCUCCUCAAGGAUCACAAGGCCUUGAAUACCGUUCGUGAGUUACUGGUUAUCAUACGCAUCUGGGGACUGCUCCGCCCGUCGUGUCUACCAGUAUUUCUUCGUAGCGCCGACAACCUAGAUGUCCUGGCCCUGCUGUUCUGUUUGUUAACAAAACUGGUGCAGCCUAACGGAGACGCGCAACAACAGGUGGACGACGGUUUAAUUGAUGAAUGCUGCUUGCUGCCAAAUCAAAUCAUGAUUCCACAGUUGCACCAAAGCAACAGCAUAACCGCCGUAGUCUCUCCGAUUUUGUUCUAUCAGAACCUCCCGUUACAGCUGGAAUAUGGAGUGGAGCCCGAGCAACUGGUUUUUACGCCUGAGAUAAAUUCCGUCGAAGGUUGUAUGCACAGCGGACAGAUCGUGGACACGAUACGGCACUUGUAUUUAGGGAAACAACCGCUCCUGGUGAAGCAAUGCACGAGAUGCGGCGGUAAGGCCCAAGUGCAAAACUCGACGAGGACAGCUGCGCUCAGAUCCUGGGAUCAACGGUGGACGCGAGCUUGCCGAUGCGGCGGUAUCUGGCGAAUUCACAGAGCCUCUUAAUGAAGGGCACUUAAAAAAAUGUUUAUAACGAUAAAGAAAUGAUCAUUAAUUUUUUAGGGAUUCUUCCAUUACAAACCGUGAUACUACGAUCUUAAAGAUUCGUAUAAAAGAGGGCGAGCGACUUGGAGGAUGUACACUACGGAGUAUGUAUAAAAAAUAUGAGCACAUGUCUAUCUACACGCGUAUAACUUGCUUGGGGUCAAAGCUGGUCAACAGCAAGGGUUUACCUUUUGCAACUUGUGGCGUUGUCGUUUUGAAUAGUUCUAUGGAUUAAAGUGAGAGAAGACACAAUAGCGCAAGCGAGAAAACAGAUAUAAACCUCAAAGCAAUGCGAUUGCCGUAACUCCUAAAGAACCCCGCACUAAUCAUAUGUAUAGGAAAUUGGAUCUCGGUUAAAUUGGCUAGUUUUCACAUAUGUUGUAGCUUAUGACCUGCUGAACAAAAAAUGUAAUGAGCUCAAACUUAAAUAAUGGCUAGUUACUGGGCUACAGCCACUCAAACAUAGAAAAUUUGGGCUCCGCGGGUCUUGUUUGGAAAUACUUUGAAGCAUAUUAGGAAAAAAUGUUUCAGACAAAAGUUGUUUGGUUCGAAGGGAGACAUAAGACGAUGCCAUUGACCUUGGAUAAUCAUUUGAAGGUCACACGAGGGUCAAUUUCAAUUUCUUAAAUGGACACCCAUUUUUCACUGCACAUUUUUAUGUCAGGAGUUUUUCAGAGACACUAUAUAAUGAAAUAUAGUCUUAUUUCGAACCAAACAAAUAUAUAUCGAACCAAACAACUUUCAAAGUAUUUCCAAACAAGAUCCGCGGAGCCCAAAUUUUCCAUGUUUCACUGGGCUGUAGCUCU